UUUUUUUUUUUUGGUCAGGCUUUCUAGAUAACAUCAAACAAGAAUUAGCCAAAAACAGAGUAUGAAAAGUUCCGAGAUGAAGCAAAGAAGCUAAAACAGUCAGAUGCUCUCCUGGAAGUUAGAAGAAAGCACAAAUCCAUGGAGUCAGAUACUGUGCGUCCCAGUGAAGCAAUAAAGAAGCUUGGAGAACUGACAGGGACAGUGAAGGAGAGUCUUGAUGAAGUCAGUAAGAGUGACCUUGGCCAGAAGAUCAAAGAGGAAGUAGAAGAGGUUGCCAGAAUAGCCAAACAAUGAGCAGAGUCAGUAUCCAAGGGCGAGAAGAAGCUGGGCAAGAUGACAGCCUUCAAAGCCGUCUCCCAGGGUGUUGAGGAGACUGAUGGGAGCGGACUAGGACAAAUGGGGCCCUACCGCCGGCCUGAGAGGCUCUGGAAAAGGACAGAGUUUGCUGGAGCGAAGUUCAAAGAAAGCAAAGUGUUGUAGGCUAAUGAGGAAGUGUUGGGGGUUGUGCUACUCAAAGACUCCAAGUGGUACCAGCAGUGGAAGGAAUUCCAAGAUAACAAUGUGGUAUGCAACCGCGUCUUUGAGAUGAAGAUGUAGUACAAUGCGAGUGACAACGUUCUCAUCCAGGCAUCCUGGGCUUAAAGUACAACAUCACUGCCUUGCUUUCAGAGAUCUUCACAGAGGUCCUGAGAGUGAAACCAACCUUUGACAAGGAGCGCUUUCUUUGACAGUGUGAGAGUGACAUCAUCCUCCAUAUCCUAGAGGCCAUGAUUUCUGGGGAACUUGACAUUCUCAGAGACUGGUGCUAUGAAGCUACCUACAGCCAGCUGGCCCACUCUAUCCAGCAGGCCAAGGUUCUGCGUCUCCAGUUCCACUCCAGAAUUCUAGCCAUCAGCAAUGUGGACCUAGCCAUGGGCAAGAUGGUGGAGCAGCGCUCUGUGCUGAUCUUUACCUUUCAGUUCCAGAUGGUGAUGGUGAUCAAGAACCCCAAAGGCGAAGUGGCUGAGGGUGACCCGGACAAGGUGCUACACAUACUGUACUUGUGGACACUCUGCAGAGACCAGGAGGUGCUCAACCCUUAUGUUGCCUGGGGCCAUUUGAAUGUCUCAGUCUCCAGCACAGAAUAGAUCUGAAGACAGGGAUGGAGUCUAGGCCCCUCCAGAGCUAGACCAUCGUGGGACAGAUACAGAGGCUCCAUGAGGGACCUUGGCACAAAACUGACACAAGACUAUAUAUGGCUUCUGCCCCAAGGUCUUGGCCCUGAAAGGAAAGGGCUGGUUGGAAAGUUCCCUAUGACCUCCUUAGCGAUCAGGGAAAUGCAAAUCAAAAUAACUUUGAGAUACCAUCUUACACCUGUCAGAAAAACUAA